AUGAUUAAAUUGCCCACAGAACUCCUCGAACCUAUUCUCACAGACGCACUGCAAGACUCCCGCUCGAGCGCGUUGGAUCUGCUGCUGAUACACCCGCGCACAACUCAAAUUCUCUAUCGUCACGUAUACCAGCAGCAUCCAUGCGCCAUCAACUCACUCAACCAACUUGAGCUGUUUUCCAACAACGUUCCACUCGAGCUUCUCAGCAAAGUCAGGGCACUACACAUCAACCUCCCCUCAGCUGCUGGUUCUGUGUGGGAUUCUGUUGGCAAUGCCUUAACUAAGUGCCGCAACGUGCAGCACCUCAAAUUACGCGCUAUGGGUCUCUGGAACGAAGACAGGCGUGGUUUGAUUGAAGGUCUCGCUGCUAUCGACCCGAUAAGCUUCGAAUGGACAUCACCUGACCCACCGCAUCAUAUCAGUCUCAGUGUGGUGACGCCAUGUCUCACAAUCGUCCUAAACCAACUGCCAAGAUGGAGCAGACUGCUGCACUUGAGCAUGUCACACGUCCAGUUCCCUCAGUGCACACAUCCAGAUAGAUACCUCCCUGCUGUCUUGUCGCCAACCCUGGAGACUAUCUCGCUCGGCCAGGCUAUUAAGGCGCCUGCAACAAUGCUCGCUGGUAUAGCCACAGCUUGUCCCAGAUUGAAGCGUUUUGACGCCGAGGAUAUCUACAGCGAGUCCAUCUGGGGUAGCAGAGUCGACGAGAAAGACGUCAGGAAUAAGCUCGAAGACAGCAUGUCCUUUUACGGUGACUUCUCAAUCACUUCCCGUCUGCAAAGGAUUGCAGGUGGUGACCGCGGUGUCAUUUACUAG